UGGAUUAGCUGGGUCUGGAAACAUGGCCUCUUCAGAGCAGGCAGAGCAGCCCAGCCAGACGGGCUCUUCUCCUGGAACUGAGAAUGCAGUGUCUCGGGAGCCACUGAUCGCAACAGCAGUGAAGUUUCUACAGAACUCCCGGGUCCGUCAAAGUCCACUCGCAACCAGAAGAGCAUUUCUCAAGAAGAAAGGACUGACGGAUGAAGAAAUUGACCUGGCUUUCCAGCAGUCGGGCACUACCACAGAUGAGCCACAGUCCCUGGGUCCUUCCACACAGCUGGUGCCAACACAGCCCCCUCACCUCUUGCCGUACAGUCCCCCCGGAUCCAGAUGGCGAGACUAUGGUGCGUUGGCGAUCAUUAUGGCAGGGAUUGCCUUUGGCUUCCAACAGCUCUACAAAAAAUACCUGCUCCCUCUCAUCAUGGGAGGCAAAGAAGACAGAAAACAACUUCAGAGGAUUGAGGCAAACAUUUCUGAGAUGAGUGGCAGCGUGACACAGACAGUGACUCAGUUGCAGACAACUUUAGCGUCUGUCCAGGAACUGUUGGUGCAGCAACAGCAGAAAAUCCAGGAGCUAACCCAAGAGCUAGCUGCUGCAAAGGCUACCACUUCCACCAACUGGAUCCUAGAGUCACAGAAUAUCAAUGAAUUGAAAUCUGAGAUCUACUCAUUAAAAGGGCUCCUUCUAAAUCGGAGGCAGUUCCCACCCUCCCCUUCAGCCCCCAAGAUCCCAUCAUGGCAAAUCCCGGUGAAGCCUGCCUCGCCCUCCAACCCCAUUGUUACCAACCACAACAGCAGCAGUGACAUCUCGCCCGUCAGCAAUGAGUCCGCCUCCUCAUCACCCGUGAAGGAGAACCACAGCCCAGAAGGGGCAAAGGUCAGCUGCCACCUGCUGGGUCCGGAGGAGGGGGGCGAGGUGGUGAUGGACGUCAAGGGCCAGGUGCGAAUGGAAGUGCAGGGCGAGGAAGAGAAGAAGGAGGACAAAGGGCACGAGGAGGAGGAAGAGGACGAUGAGGAUGAUGAUGUCAGCCAUGUGGAUGAAGAGGAGUGCCUGGGCGUCCAGACUGAGGACCGGCGAGGAGGGGAUGGGCAGAUUAACGAGCAGGUGGAGAAGCUACGGAGACCUGAAGGAGCCAGCAAUGAAAAUGAGAUUGACUAGGGUGAAUGGGCUUCUUCCCAUCGCACCCUGAAUCUGCCCAGCCUUCCCCCACCCCUGGUGCCUCUCUCAUUCGGUGGAGAGCUCUCUCCCCCUGCCCCCCCAGUGAUUCGCCUCGAGUAGCGUCACGCUCCUCCAGUGAGCAAGGCAGGCUCUGUGUUGCCCCAGGCCCAUACAGCGUUGCAGUGGUUUCUUUUCCCUCUCCACCCCACCAGCACUGCUGGAGUCUCAGCUGGGGGUCACUGCUAGGGCUGGAAGAGCACUCACCCAAUCAUGCACCACAGCUAGAGAAACCAGUCCCCCUGUACCCAGCCUCCUUUCUGAACCCGUCAGCCCCUUCACUCCUUGCUGCUGCUUAGAGGUCUUCCAUUUGAUCUCAGAAACUGGCUUGCCCGUGCCCCAUCUCAUCCCCAGCCCUUUAAUUGCAGCUCCAUUUUAAACCACUUCUUCCCCACCCCUGAAGUGUCCCAUCUGGUUUUAUUCCUGAAAUUAGAUGGAAAGCCAUCCCCAGACUGACUGUUUCUGUGCCUGAGAUUCCUCUCAGAUCUGCCAUCCCAGUCCAGCCAUUUCCCUCCCCAAACCUCAGGCCAGGCCUCAGUCCUGAAACCAUGCCGCCUUUGAGAAACCCUGACGUUCUUAUGGGGUCCAAAGAACAAUACUCCUACCCCUGCCCCCUGCUCUCACCUCCACACCCCGGCAGCCUCUUGCUAGAGGCCAGAUCCAUGCCUCACGACCAUAGUCAUGCACGUGAGAGCAGGCGGCCUUGUUACUAUUUUAUCCUCAGGUGAAAGGCCUUCUCCUAUUGGUAGGAAUCCCACCUGGAUUUCCCACUUAAAUUGGUUGCUGCUUACCCACUCAGAGCGUCUUCCGUUCAAUUCACAGCCCAGCCUGCAUGGAUCAGGUGUCCUUGCUGCUGGUGCAGUCAAUCCGUUCUAAAUCUCUGCCAUACUUCUGAGCUCAUCUUCUUCCCUGAAUGAGGAGAAAGCCCCCCAGGAACAGUCAGGCGAGACUUGUGUCAGCAAAGUACAUGUGCCCACCUCACCAAUGUGCUGCUGACCGUAUGGAGAGGGCUUCCUGAGCAGAGAUCCCCCACUCCCUCUUCCCAGCUACCGCACCUCAGCCCUCUUGGCCCUCCAGGGACUAAACACAAACCAACACCUUUAGAAACCUCUUGUUUGCAGCACUAUGUUCUCAACUGGUAAAACAUGGUGGUGUCUGAUUCUCAUUCACUGCAGAAGAUCUCUUAGCGGAGGAAUUCCUGUAACAUCUGAGUCUCACUGUCGUCCUCACCAAGCAAACGUGCUCAUCCGUGUGAUCAUGUAUAGAGUUCAAAUAUAAAAUACUAUUGUAUAUAAUUGUAAUAAAUAUGAGUUACCACUA